AUGGCUACUUCUGACGAAAUCGCUCCUGUCACCCGAUCAUGUCAAGAAGCAAUCAAAGAAACAUUCAAGCACGUCCUGGAUAACCCCGAGCUCCAUGACUGGCUCGAAGUUCAAGCGGCGGGUCUCAAUUUGUGGAUAAAUGCCCUGGGAGUGUAUGCUCGACAGGAGCUGUCCAUCGCGCGCCGAUUGUCAAACAAUAAAUUGAUCGCCACGACUGUUGUGCAACUGCUCAAGGCAUUCCGUGGUAACUUCAGUCUGCUACAAGAUGCCAUACUCAAAAGAAAACCGGUCGCGAUCGCAGUGCAAUACGAUGAUGGAUCGUCCAGUGACAGCAGUUCCAGUGCAGCAUCGGCCGCCUUUGAAGACAUCGUCGAUCGUCAGCAAAGCCGAAUUCAGGACAACCUGCGCCACCUGACAAACAUUGCCAUGAAGCUCCGCCGCGAAGGGACGGAGCGAGCGGCGGCACGAGCAGCAGCAUAUCAGCCUCUGGGAGAUGAUGGUGAACCUCUCGAAGACGAGUUCAGGUGCCUCAUAGACAAAACGCUCCAACGCGCAUUUGACACCUCUCAGGAUGCUCGGCACGGCGAUGCAGCUCUCGUUACUCCAAAGAGUGAUCCUGUUGACACGAACUUGGGUGCUCCGCAGUACCGCCUUCCUGAAUACUUACGGCAGCGACUCAGGACGACGAUGCUGGACAGGUGGCGCCGGAUCGCGUACCAGCAGCAUCAUUCGGCUGGCUUAGCUAAAGUAGCAGAGCCUCCAGUAGUCACCCUAGAAGAAGACAUUGAUGUGCGCGAUGUUUUACAAAUCGAGGCGGACACUACUGUUACCACCGUCAAAACUCAAGCACCAAUCGCAGAAGGAGAGGAACAGACAUCCUGGUCAAGGGCACCUAAGACGACCGCAACCGAAACUCCUGCAGACUUUGUCCUUCCCAAAGAAUCCGAGCUUUUGCCCAAGGCCCCAGGCACAGUUGCAAGUUCGUUACGCGCGGGUCGAUUGAGUUACCCUUCAAAACCUAAGGUGAGGACGGAUACAGAAGUCUUUCCAUGCACAUUCUGCGGACAGCUGCAAUCUACGGAACUACUCAAACGAAGAAAAUGGGAGAAACACGUGAUGCAAGACCUGCAACCAUACAUAUGCGUGUUUGAGGAUUGUUCCAAGCCAUAUCAAAGCUACCAGACCACCGAAAAAUGGUUGCAACACUUUGAGGAUGCUCAUGCCCAGGAUGGAUGGCUGUGCGACAAAUGCCCCGGCGGUACCUUCGACAUGUUUCUCACCCCAGGAAGCUAUACCAAACACUUGAAUGAACAUCAUGCCGAUGGUGACUUGACCGCCGGAGAGAUCGCUGUCUUGAUAGAUUUCGGUCGUCAGCGGAUCAGGCCCAAACUUCCAUAUUGUGUGUUUUGUGGCUUUGAGCCAGAGGAAGGCUAUCUGACCGAGGAUGAAUCGCAAAGAAGGAUCAUAGAUCAUAUGGACAAGCAGCACAUGCGGGUGUUCGCUCUUGAUUCUAUGCCCUGGGAUAUUCCUGGGGCCGCCGAAGAUAGUGCCUAUCGCAUUACCCAUCAGAAUAAGACCGACAGUAACGAAGCGAGGAGUAUGAUCCUUGGAGACGAGGAUCUUACACUUGAAUAUGACCAGCUCGAUGAGGAAGAGAAGGACAAGCUUGCCAAUGAUCCAUCUCUUCAACGAUUACUCCAGUCUGGCUCAUCGAACUUUGAACAAAUCAAAUCGUAUACAAAGAUGUCUUUCGAUAACAAGAGCCCUGCUCAAAGAUUGCUUGACAAAAUGCAGAUGUGGCCCAGUGCUGACAAUUCAGAUUCAGAAGCGGUUCUGUCGAUUGCUCCCGCGCAUCGCAAUAUCCAAGAAAAGAAUAAAGAUGCAGAAUCCCUGGCACGCGUCCGGUACGAUGACGUUAUGGAUUGGAUUUCGCCACCCAAUCAAUCGUCAAUCCAUGAAUCUUCACGGGCACAAUGCGAGCCAGGGACCACGAACUGGAUUCUUGAAACUGACGUCUACGAAGCAUGGAAGGCUGGCUCAAUACGGCACAUCUGGUUGUAUGGUGGACCCGGAUGCGGAAAAACAAUCAUGUGCUCCUCGAUCGUGGAAGAUAUUCGCGAGUAUUGUAAAAUCGUUUUGAACGUAGGGCAGGCGGUGUUCUACUUCUCCUUUACGGAUACGUCCAAGCAGUCCAUGGAUAGUGUCAUUGGUUCUGUGGCCAUUCAACUUGGAACGAAGGAGCCGGGUCUAUCGAUACUGUACGAUGCUUACCAGAGCUCCGGCCAAACCCCUCCAACAAGUGACCUAUUGGCUCAAGUCUCACAGGCAGUAGCGAACUCAUAUGAUGAGGUAUUCUUCCACGUCGAUGGCUUGGAUGAAUGCUCGUCAUCACCAGAUGACGAGCACUAUUUGUUACAUGAUCUAGAACGCUGGCUUGAGGGAAUUCCCCAGAUACGAUUAAUCAUCACGAGCCGCAAUGUAGUAAGAGUUCGUCAGUUCGUACAGAACAUAAGCGCUGUCCCGCUAGAGAUGAGGAAUAACCAAUUGAAUGUGGAUAUACAGACAUAUGUGUCUCUUCGACUCAAAGAGAGUCCGACACUAUCGAGGUUAUCGCCGUCAACCAAAAGCAUGAUCCAGAAGACGCUCGUGCAAAAAGGCGGUGGAAUGUUCCGAUGGGUAGAUUUACAGCUACAGGAGCUCGAGCGGUCUAGAUCUCUAGACGAACGUCAAGUCUUGAAUUCACUCGCUGAGUCAACAAGAACUUUGGACGAGGUAUAUGAGCGCUUGCUUGACGACAUUCCAUAUCCUCAGCGUUCAGCUGCGCUGGAACUACUUGGAUUUAUAUCAUUCGCCCAGUCCCCACUGUCAUUCGAGGAGCUCAUGGAAGUGCUAGAUAUGGACAUCCGCAGCAAUAUGAAGGCGCUGCAGCCCCUUGGCUGGCGAGACAUACUACAGUCUGUAUCGCGCCUGGUGAUAGUGCGGAGAGACAAGGAUUCAGAUACGGAGGCUAACAGCCAAACUGGACCCCAAGACUUGUAUCCAGUAGGGUCUACAGUCCGCCUAUCGCACUUUUCCGUCUAUGAAUUCUUGAAAUCGGAGAGGAUUGCGACGAAAUGGUUCCAUCUCGAUCCCGUGAGAGAACAUGCGCACAUAGCUGAAGCCUGCCUCGCGUAUCUUACAUACUACAGCGACUUUUACAGAAAGGGGGAAACCAGAAAGCUUUCGUUUGCCUUCAAUUUCCUGGACUAUGCGAGCAGAAACUGGUACUUGCACGCUCGACUAAAGGAGAACAAAGUCGACAUUUCCAGGGAGGUAGCAUUUUUGACGUCCGAGAAAUACUUGCAUGAGUGGCUAGCUCUACAUGAGCCCGAUGAAUCACGACAGAGCCGAUUCAGAGAAUACAAUCGAGAAGAAGUGGGCACAGGUCUUUAUUACGCAUGUGCUUGUGGUCUGCCAGACGUGGCCAGAUCAUUGCUCGAGGCUGGACAUGAUCCAAACCUUCAGAAGGGCCGCUGUAAAGUUCCUUUGGAAAUUGCAGCAUUGAACAAUUACAUUGAAGUGAUGACCGAACUGCUGGAUCAUGGAGCCAACCCCGAUGCACCAGGAAGCCUCUGUGGAUCCGCAAUCAACGCGGCGUCACUCCGCGGAAACGUCGAAGCGGCGGAACUAUUGAUUGGAAUCGGUGUUGACAUUAAUUCCCCUUCCAGAAGCCAUCACGCCGUCUACCAAACCUCCACCGCAAGACCACUUCGAUUCGCAGCGUCGAAUGGUCAUAUUAAGGUAGUCCGGCUGUUGAUCGAUCACGGCGCGGACGUUAAUGGGUGUGAUGAGGAUGGACAUGGGACCGCACUUGAAGCAGCUAUGCAGGGACGACACUAUGAAGUAGCCGAAUUCCUCCUCAAAAAGGGUGCGGUUGGCAGUGAAGAGACGCACAAUAAGAUGGACAUGAUGAGGUCCGACAGCAGUAGAAGACAGACUCCGUAA